AUGGAGGUCGCCGCUGUGGGGGUAUGGAACGUCACGACGGUAUACAUGAGGAAGGGUCACGGCAUGGGUGCUGGACUGUACAAUGACGCUGCCCUGCCCGAGUUCCACCAGGCCGGAACGCUUUGUAGGCGGGGGCAGCCAGUCCGGGGAUGGUGUGAUCCCCAUGUUGCUAGGCCGUUGGCUGACGUUCAACGACUCGGCGGAGACGGGUCACUAGCAUUUGGUGAAUGCUCUCGCAUGCUGAAGGCUGGUGGUGUGUGCUGUGGUUUGAUGACCAGGCGAGCCUCGACUACCAUCAACCUUCACGAUCGCGAAGAUGCCGAAGUCUUGAUGUUUUUGUUGUCCGCUGGCCAAUCAAUCUUCGUGAUGGGCCGAUGCAUGCAUAGCGUAACUUCCCACAGGUCAAGGUUCUUCGGAGCAUGCAACGAGCGCCCGGAUGAACAAGGAUGGCGUUUGCAGCCUCUGGUCGUGGCCAUGCAGGAGCCCACUGAGGGCACAAGCAACGUUACAACCCAUAAGAACCGGCGACCAACGACGUCUGUUUCCACCUCGCAACGCCAUCCUCAGCUUCUCCAGUUCCCACCAAGCCUCGCCAGAAGCCGACGAUCCCACCAAACCUGUGCCCUUUUCUCCGGCUCCGGCAUGCGCGCCACCCAGAACGCUCGAGUUCCAGGUCGUGGGCCGCCCGAGAAUACACAGUGA